AUGGAAGCCGGAGAUCCAGACGCUGCGCUGCAAAAGCGCCCUCGUCUGGGCUCCCUCACUCCCCAUCACCACGGCGGUCCACUCUAUCAUUCUGCAGGCCUGCCUCCACCGCACCACCCCCAAAGGCCUCACCCUCUCUCUCAAGCGCCCUCGCCGCCAAAUCACUAUCCUCCACACAGCCUGCCGCCCCCCACGCCCUCCUACCCUCCGCCCCAUCCCGCAGCCUCCUUCGACGCAUCCCGCGCUCUUCCAACGCCCUCACCCCUCACCCAGCGCCCCAACCAUGGUCCUCCCGUGAGCCUCCCUCCGCGGUCGUACUCCCAGGACUCAGCAUACCAGAGCCGCCCUCCCGGGACACCCACCCAGCUUGCGCCUGCAGAUCCGCAUCGCCGCUCCAUUGCCAGCAGUGAAGGCCACCAUCCUCCGCACCCAAUGGAUCAUGGACCUCAACCGCAUCAACCGAUGUGGCAGCCAAUGCCAUAUGGCCACCACCCGAACGGCCUCCCUCCCGCCGGCGUGCCUCACAACGCCAUGCCCACGGGCUUGCCGAAUGGCAACACCAUUGCCAGCCCGCAGGAACAGUAUGCCCCGCAGCCCAUCUCUUCUGACCAGAUAUAUCCGCCCAGCGGUGUCGGACAGUACAACCAGUCUGCCUCAUAUGGGCCGGCUGGUUCCCAGUAUGGUGCCAUGAAACGGAAGCAAGUGCGGGCUACUCAGGCGUGUAACAACUGUCGCACACGGAAACAGAAAUGUGACGAGAACAGACCGUGUUCAUUCUGCAAAGACAACUCGUACGAAUGCGCGUAUAAAGAUGUGCCGGUCCCAAAACAAGAUCGCACUAUGCGAGAAGUCCUCGAUGUCAUGACACGCCUUGCUGACAAGGUCGAUAAUCUGGACCGAGAGAUGAAGAGACGAUUGCCCAAGCAGGAGCCUAGUAGCAGUGCCGUCUCGCCCGAGUACAACUCUCCCACAGCUCCUUUGGAUCCAGCGAACACUUAUGGGCGUACUAUCGCAACUCGGGCUCCUUCAGAGAUGACCAGUCCGGACAGUAUGCCAGCCAUGCACGGCCCAGCUCAUGAUCCGAUGAGACACAAUUCUAAUCUAGGAGCCCCUAUCAAGAUGGAAAGUGCAGUAGAGAGAACGCCGCAAGUAGUCGCAUUUAGAGAAGAUCCGUCCCCAACCACCAUAGAAGAGUCGGUUCCCGGAAUGGAGGAUGCAUUGCCAGCAGACCACACGACCCCAGCCCACAAGCUGCUCGAUGUAUGGCCAUCCAUGCAGCCCUUCUACGAGCAUACAGGCGUCGAAAAGUCAAAUACUAACUAUCCAUUGGAACUUGAAGAGAGACGCGGCUUACUACGGAUUUACGGAAAAGGCCAAGGAACGGAUCUUAAUGACGGAGCCCAAGCACCGUCGAGCCCUGCUAACAGCAGUAACGGCGAAGGUCAAGACUCGUCGCCAUCUCCGCGCGAAGGCCUUUGGGGAACUGGGUUUACGACCGGGUCUCCGCCAGACUACCGUCAAUCCGUUGGUCCGUCUACUCCAGGUGGUGGAGUCACUUCCGACUGGAGUAGCAAAAGUAACAUAGGCGGUCAAAACCCGGAUGGAUUACUGAAGCUGGACGUCGAGACGGUACGCAGCCUGCACAGGAGCUACCUCCAGAAUAUGGACAUUCUACAUCCUUUCCUGGACAAGAGGCGGUUGGCCAAGAUGGUGGAAAAUUUCAUGCUUUGGUACAGCCCCGACGUUAAAACCUCCUAUUCUCCUGUAUACGGCGGCGUGCCUAGCCACGUCGCUCCAAAUGAGCGUUUCGCUGGUCAGAAGAGGAAGAGAUCAAGCAACCAUGGCGACCCGGAAACUGGCGGUUAUCCUUCUACAAGACGGCCUCCCCCCGAGCGUUCAAUUGGCAAUGCCAUUGUACUCCUAGUUCUUGCCCUGGGAAAGGUAUGCGAACAUAAGAAAGUGUUACCAGGACCUACGGGCGAGAUCCCUAGUCCUGUUGACACAAUGCGAUCGCCAGGAGGCAUGAAUGCUACAAUGGGCGGAAGCCCUCAUUCGGACAGGUUUCACUACGCUCAGAGAGCCCAUCCAUCCCAGGACAGCAAUGCGAGCAACAUCGACAUACUACCAGGACUGGCCUACUAUGCAUAUGCAACGGACAUCCUAGGAAACCUCCAUGGUGGGAACGAAGUAUCUCAUGCGCAGGCCUUCCUACUCGCUGGAUUAUACAUGGGCCAGUACGUUCGGGUGUUGGAGAGCUGGAGUUGGAUUAACACAGCGUGUCGUGUGUGCCUUAUCUUAGUGAAGAAAGAUGAGAAGAACCUCGGGCUACAUCCCCAGAACAAGCUAAAUAGUAUCGAUGCCUACAAGCUCAAUCUGCUUAAGUGCGUUUACUGGACAUGUCUUCAACUAGAGAGUGAUAUUCUAGCGGAAUUGAGUACCUUGCCACCUAGCGGCGUAUCACGAUACCAGUCGGUAGUUGGUCAUCCUACGGGGGUCUACGAAGAGAUGCCCAUGGAGAUUGGAGAGGACGAGAACUUGACGUGGUACUACUACUCUGCCCAGAUUCAUCUGCGUAAGAUUUUGAACGACGCACAUAAACAGCUCUAUACAGUCCACAAACCAGCCGAGGAAGCAAAGCGAGAUGUGAGAUGGGCUGGCCAUGUCCCAAACACACUCGAGAAACAACUCCAACAAUGGAGAGAGCUCCUACCACCACAGCUACAGUGGAACGACAAUGACCCGCCGUCUACGGACAUUAAUACCGCCCGAAUGCGCGCCAAGUACUACGGAGCGAGAUAUAUUAUCGCGCGGCCGUUCUUGUACAUCGGCGUCCACAAGAUGGACCUCCCCCCCUUGGCCUGCGACUCAUCACAGCUCGGUUCACCUUCUACCCCUUCUACCCCUGAUCAAGUACAGGCACGGGGAAACAUGCUAGUGGAAUUCAAUGCCGAGCAACUGCGACUGAUCGAGGUCUCGAAACGAUGCGUAGACGCUGCUAUACAAAGUACUGUUGCAUUCGAUCGAGUUGGAGUCGACCCGUCGCUUCCCUGGAAGCUUGGUGACAGCGACCACAUUCCAGAGCGGUUCAUUGUUACUAACAUCUUUGGAACUGCGCAUGCGCAAUUCGGAAAUGUGCUAGUUCUGGCAGCUGUUUAUAAGUCUCGCCUCCGAACGGCAGUAGGCCUCAGCAAAAGUACCGUGGACGCCCUUCUAUUACGAACGAUCAAGGUUCUACGCCGGCUAGCGCCCAAUUCUCCUCCACUAAAGAUCGACGCUCAGAUUCUGGAGAACACUCACAAGUUCGUCAACGGCGAGAAGCGAGACGAUUCAAUGUCAAGUGUCAGCUUUACGGGAUCUGUAAAUACGUAG